UGAUUGGUUGAGAAUUAAAUCGGCAAUGAGGUUCGUGUGUAUUCGCGUAUCUUCGAGACUCGUCGUAUUCGACUCACGCGGGUUCUGUGGAUUCGUCAGAAUGUACGCGGUAUUUGCGGACUGUACCGCAACCGCUCCGCAAGGUAUACGCAAUUAAAAUAAGCGGCAAUUUAUUUAUUUCAAAUAAUUUUCAACGUUAUUCGUUGUGUGUGUGUGUGCCAUUUUUAUUUAUUAUAAUAAUUUUUUUUAGUUUAAUAAUAAUAUUAUAAAAAUUAAUAACAUUUUUUUCAACAAUUGUGUUGGUUUACGUGUAAACAUUGUUUGAAUUAUUUUAUUUGUUUUUUUUUUUUCAACCAAUCAACGAUCAAAGCAACAGAUAACUUGAAAAUUAUUAAAUUUCCAUUAAUAAUAUUAAAGUGGAAUAUAAAAAAGAAAUUAGGCCAAGUUUAGAGAUGAUUUUGUGAUGGAGGUCAUUUCAACACGUAGAUACGAAGUUCGACCACCACCUACGACAAAUCAUCAUGGAAUUCUCGUUGACCCUGAGAAUUCCGUGGCAUUGGUCAAAGAAGAAGAAUGGGAGACACGUAAGAAGAAAGAAAUUACAACUACCAGACAAAUAGAGACGAGAGUUAAAAGACAAGUUGUAUUGGAAGAUGGUGAAGUUGUCGUUGAUACUGGACCAUUUGUUACCACCAAUACUACUGAAGAUGUUGAACAACAGGAACACACUACUGAAGAGAGAAGAACGACUGGUGAUCAACCACAAGAAGUCGAAUGGCCGGUAGCUGGAAAAGAAACAACUGACGGUAUAGUUCAAAAGGAACUUAACGAAACUAUUGUCAAAAGUCGGGAGGAAAUUGAGGAAAGACUUGAAACUGAGGAUCGUCAACAACUUGGAGAUAUCUCCGACGAGGCUUACCAAAAAGCUGUUCAAAAUAAUCGUGGCGAUCUUAGAAUAGCAUUGGCCGAAUCUACGAAACAAAUUGCACCACAAACAGGACCAAGGAUAUUGCAGCAUACCACCAGGUCGAAUAAGGUUAUCGACACUGAGAAGACCCUAGAAAAACAGGAACUCAAAUCCGAUGGUCUAAUUAUUACGGAGAAAAAGAAAACUGUCGAGCACGAGGAGAUCAACGACGACGAAGUACCGGACGAGAACGGUGACGUCAACGACAACGACGAGGACGAAGUUUUAGAAAUCAAAAAAGAAGGUUCACAUAGGUUUAUCAAAAAACGUGAAGAAGACGUUGUCGAUUACGUAUCGGGUGGUGAAAAAAUUGCACGUGAAAUGCGUUAUGUCGCUGAGACGACGGAAGGUGAACGAAUCGGGGAUUGGUCGUCGUCUUCACCCCCACCCCAACCAUCUAACCAAUCAAACAAUAUGAGAACUACUAGGAUUCAUAAACAUGCUGGUUUUCCAACAGAUUGUACUCCAACUGCAAGAAAAGAUGCAUUAACAAAGAAACCAUUGGAUUUGGAAGAGGAAGAUGAGGCAAGGAAAUUCGAGACAUCGAAAUGGUUAGAAAGUCACUUUGGUAGCGAGUCUCGUUCAUCGCACGGUUCCAUAGACGCUGAUGAUGGUCCUUUCAUACCUAACACUAAUACAAGUUACAUACACGUAACUAUGAAAUCCUGCAAUCCAAGAGAAAGGGAUUAUCAGAACGUAAAUUCUCCUAAUCGUCAUCAACAACAUUCAGCUACUAACAUUGUUCGUGAUUCAAAUUCACCAUCUGGUGGUUAUUUUCAUGGUAUCAGUGAAUGGUCCGAAAGAUACCAAGGCAAAGAAAAGGAAGAUAACAAUCAUCGAAGAACGGGUUCACCUUCAUCUCAACAUUUGGAAACAACUCGAAUUAAUGGUCAUUCUCGUGAACAUUCGAAAAAUCAAUUCGAGUCAAGUUACUCGCGUACUUACGAGUCGGUUAAAAGACGGGAACAACAUCAGGAAAGUUGUCAUGAUGAUAAACAACGUGCUACACCGUCACCCCCAGCACGUAGGAAACCCAAAGAACAGUUACAUUCGAGAAUAGUUAAGAAAACGAUAACGAAUGAGUCACCAACGAUUCGAACAUCCAGUCCAGUUCAAGUUGUUCAAAGAACAUGGGAAAGUAGAACGAGGGAUGUUCAAGAACAAACUGUUGAACGUGAUACUCGUAAAAAACAAAUCGUCCCAAGGUCCCGUUCGGCAUCACCGAAACAAGUUAGGAUCGUUCGGGAGGAUAAGAAAAUGAACGAUAAUUCAACAAAUCCAUCACCAAGAUCAUCUAAAAGUACCAGCAAUCAAUCGAAAUACAAGAUAGGUGAAUCAUUCCGUAAACUCGUUGGCAAAUUACGUUCAGCCAGUACAGAAAGAAAAAACAAAAAAUUAAACAAUUCCGUAUCCCAAUUAACCCAAACUGACAAUGAUGGAUCAACUUACAUGCAAUACAACGUAAUCGAUAAAAAUAUUCCAUUGUUCAACGAUCGUGAGAUUGAAAAUCGUAUACCUGAGAGACCACCAAGGUCACCUAGAAAUAGUACAACAGUGGUGACCAAAGUAACAUCGAAUAAACCAACUCGUCCGAACAAUCGUGAUGAUCAAAUUCAAAAAAAUGAUACAACUGCAACAAUACCACCUGUUCAAAGGUAUUACCUAGGUGAGGAUCCAUUCGGUGGUAGCAUUUAUGGUCGUGAAAGAGGUUACAAAGAUGCCAAACGUCCAACUCGAACUCGUAUUCUGACCAAAACAGGAACACCCAUCGAUAAUACUGAAUACAGUGUCGUCACCAACUCACUCGGCAGGUUUAGCAAAUCAACAAGUCGUUUGACAAACUCGUAUGAGGUGGAUGAACAAUUCAGGAAUGUUCAAACUUUACCAAGGAAUAUGAUGAGGUCAGAGGAUAAAACGAAUAAUCAACAUGUUUCAUCGUCAAGGUUACAAUUUCAAAAGGCUAGUACGAAUAAUACAUCUGGUGGUAUGAUAACACCUUCAAGGCAAUAUGGCAGUAUGAUUAAUAUAUCCAUUAAAAAUGCUGUAACAUCUAAAUCUCAUCAAACACCAUCAUUAUCAACACCACCUGUUAAACCUGAAAGAACGUACAAAUCAAAUUUAGCACGUAGCAAAAGUUUUAACAUAGAAGCUGAUCAAAAUCGUAUUGAUAAACAUAAUUUGAAUUUACCGUAUAAAUCAAGUUUACAAUUGAAUCGUUUGGACGAGACACCACCGUUAAAAAGUCCUGGAAUUCUUGCUAGUAUCAGUCGUAGUAACAGGGAUUUGUUUAAAGGUUAAUAGAAAAGAGUUGAAUAUAAUUGUUAAAAUUUUUUUUCAUUGUAAUUUUUUUUUUUAAAUACGUUUGUGUGUAUUUUUCAUUGUUUUAUUUCUGUAUAUUUAUUUUUACUCUUUUUUGUUUUAAAGAUUUUUCUAACCUAAGAUAACAUUGUAACUGUAAAAGAUUUUCUUUUUGUUUUGUUUUGCAAAUUUGUUGUUUCGAGUUUUCUUUUAAUGUGAAUUUUCUUCUUUUUUUUUUUAUUAUUAUUAUUAUUUUUUCCCUCGAGCAUAUUUAAUUGCGCAAUUAUUUUCAAAAAUAAAAUUUAUUCGUUCGAAAAUGUAUCACGUAGUACAAAUAAUCUCCAUUUAACAAGCUCUCAUUUGACAUAACCUUCGAAAAUCUAUGUUUUGUUUUUUUUGUUUUUUUGCGUGUAAACAAAUAAUAGAAUGUUUU